AUGGGUUGUCUUACUUCCUCUUCGAAAGAAGAAGAUAUGAGCAUAGCGUUACAAAGUUCUAAGAAGCUUAAAAUUGUAAUAGUAGGAUUAGAAGGGAGUGGAAAAACAUCGAUACUUCAAUAUUUGAAGAAUGGGAAAUUUACAGAAACAUAACCUACAAUAGGUUUGAAUGUGGAAUCAAUUCAAUUUAAAGCAAGGCAUUAUUUAAUUUUUGAUGUUGGGGGAAAGGUGCGAACAUUGUGGUCUCAUUAUUAUGAAAAUUUGGAUGGAUUAGUAUUUGUUGUAGAUACAACAGAUUAAGAGAGAAUUGAAAUUGUAAAAAAUGAAUUUAAGAAAUUGGGAAGCGAAAUUAAAUAUAAAAUAGUGAUGCUGAUAUACUUGAAUAAAAUAGAUUUGCCAAGAUCAUCCCCUGUAGAAUUGUGUAAAGACAUUCAACAGCAGGAAUCAGAUAUAGUAAUGCAAAGAUGCAGUGCAAAGACAGGAGAAGGCAUUUGGGAAGGAAUUGAUAAAAUGAAUAAACUAUUGGAUCAUAAAUUUUAAUAGUGA